UAUGACGCCAAAGAUGUAUUCCACAUGUAUCCCCUGUAAAUAAACAGAGGCGGUCGGCAUUUGGUGUCUCCGGAAAAAGUUUAUUCAGUUUUAAUCUGAGUUUUGUUUCGAGACGACUGAAUUAUGUCUGCUAACCGACCAAGAGUCCAGGUUCUAAAUCUUCCUGAUGAAGAGAGUGAUGAGUUAAAAAUAACGCCACUAGGUUCUGGCCAAGAAGUAGGAAGAUCAUGUCACUUUCUAGAAUUCAAAGGCAAGAAGGUCUUGUUGGACUUUGGGAUCCAUCCAGCACUGACUGGAAUGAGUGCCCUGCCCUUUGUUGACCAUAUUGAUCCUGAGCAAAUUGACCUGAUGUUAGUGUCACACUUUCACUUGGACCAUGCUGGUGGUUUGCCAUGGUUUCUAAUGCGAACUCGCUUCAGAGGUCGCUGCUUCAUGACUCAUCCCACUAAAGCUAUCUACAAGUGGCUUCUUUCUGAUUAUAUAAAAGUCAGUAAUAUAGCUACUGAGCACAUGCUGUAUUCUGAAAGUGAUUUGGAGGCCUCACUAAACAAGAUCAACGAUAAUUUUCAUGAGGAAAAGGAAGUUAAUGGAAUCAAGUUCUGGUGCUAUCAUGCCUGACUUGUACUUGGGGCUGCUAUGUUCAUGAUACAAAUUGCUGGUGUGAAGCUCCUAUAUACUGGUGAUUUUUCAAGACAAGAAGAUCGUCACUUGAUGAUGGCAGAAAUUCCCCAAAUAAGACCAGAUGUGUUAAUGAUCGAGUCUACAUAUGGUGUUAGUAUCCAUGAACCCCGAGAGAGUAGAGAAACAAGAUUCACAACAACUGUUCACACAAUUGUUGGCAGAGGUGGACGUUGUUUGAUACCUGUGUUUGCACUUGGCAGGGCUCAAGAACUCCUCCUAAUUUUAGAUGAAUAUUGGCAGCAGCACCCUGAACUUCAUGAAGUGCCUAUCUACUAUGCAUCUGCCCUGGCUAAGAAAUGCAUGAGUGUGUACCAGACUUACACACAUGCUAUGAAUGACAGGAUUCAGAGGCAGAUCUCAAUAAGUAAUCCAUUUCAAUUUAAGCACAUAUCAAAUUUGAAGGGUAUGGAUCAGUUUGAGGAUAUUGGGCCAUGUGUUAUUAUGGCAUCUCCAGGUAUGAUGCAGAGUGGACUUUCCAGGGAACUAUUUGAAAUGUGGUGCCCAGACCCCAAGAAUGGUGUCAUCAUUGCAGGUGAUGGGGGAUCUUGCAUUACAAAGCCUAAGGAAAAAGAACCUUAUAGAACUUUGCAAGAAAUGUUUGGAGAGGAAUCUGUUCCGAAGAUCUUCAAAGGUGAAAAACUUUAUGUAACAGUUAACAAUGUAAAGGCAAACAUUGACCUGUCAGUUAUGAAAGUAUCAUGUGAAAGUGAAAAACUGCAAAGAAGUCAAACUGCUGUUACAAAGUUGUAUGAAUCCCUGCACCCUGUAACUGCAGCUGUUUAG